GCCCAGCAUCGGCACCUAACAGGCGCCCGAAGGUGGUCACGAGUGAACCAGGUGCGAUGCCGGAAGUUGCCCCUCCUGCCUGCUUCUCUGAUGGGUCCAGCCCACAGGCUCUCCAGCCUGUGUCAGACCCCCCGUGGGGCCUGGGCGGGGCCCCCAGGGUCACACCAGGUCCACCCCAAUCAUCCAGGGUAAUCCCCCGCCUCGAAGUCAUAAGAUUAACCAACUCGAGCCUCAUCCUAGGAACAGGCGGACUCCAGGGCUCAGGAUUGGACACCCACCCGCCCAGCAAGCGCAGGGCCACAGCCCAACAGAGGCGGCGAGUUCCCUGCGGGGUGUGGUGGAGGCUGCUGUUGGGGGCCCAGCCCUGGUGCUGGGGCCCCAGGGCCCCCAGGGCCUCGGGGUUAUCUCCCCAAUGCAGGUCCCUCCCAGGGAGCAUCCUGGGAGUCCGGGCUGGAGGAGGCCCCACCAGGGGAGGCUUUCUGAGCCUGGGCAGAGGAGGCCCCACACCGACAGGCAUGAGGCUCCCACUGCUGUUCUGCUUGGCCGCGCUGGCACUCACCCCGGAGGCCUCCAUCGUCUCCAUCGCCUACAGAGUCCUGGAGGUCUUCCCCCAAGGCCGCCGCGUGGUCAUCACCUGCCACUCGCAGAUGGCCCCGCCCGUCACCUACUCCCUCUGGGGGAGCCGGGACAUUGAAGUUUCCAAGAAGGUGGUGAGCACCCGCGACCCCGUCUCCUUCCACAUCAACGUCACGCUCAAGUCCAGGCCAGACCUGCUCACCUACACCUGCCAGGCCAGCACCGCCUGGGGCCUGCGCCAGGCCAGCGCCACGCUGCAGAUGUACUGGGAACUGUGGGCCAGCCAGCUGCCCAAGGCCGCCACCUUCGUGCUGGCUGCCAGCCUCACCUCCAUCGCAGCCAUCACCUCGGGGAUGCUGGGCUGGACCGCGCAGAGCAGGUUGUGACCAGCAGGUGCAGGCUCAGCAGAGCCCCCACGAGCCCCGUCCUGGCCGGACAGGAGGAGCCCCUGGGAACGAAGAACAGCCCGCCAGCCCGGGCCCUGCUGCUCUGCAGCGAGGAUGUCAAGAUGGGGGUGGGGGGGUGGCGGGAAGAAGAGGUCCGGGGAAGCUGCCUGUCACCAUCCCUGCAGGUCCAGGAAGGAGGUGGGGGGACUGAAAAGGCCCAGCUGCACCCCCACCCAGGGCCUCUUCCCCCCACUGGCUCCCCUCUUCCCCGGGGGCACCCCAUCUCCUAGUGGCCAGUCCUCUGGCCCACCUGGCCAGCACCCCCUCAUUGACCUGACCAGCAAAGGAAGGCUGUCUGGGUCCCCAUCCUCAGCCUGCACCCCUCCCCUCACCGCCUUCCCUGUUCAUUGCUCUGAACCAGCUCAGGAAAGAACUGGAUUAAACUCUGCCCCUGCUGUC